AUGGCGCACUACGGACGAGCAGGGAAUGAUCGCAUGGCGUUAAUUGUAGAUGUGGACCAUACAAUUACUAACUUGGUAGAGUGUGCUGCAGUGUGGCAUGAAAUUGAGUACGGAACGAAGAUUUAUAUCGAUGAGGUGGCAUCUUCCAGUUGGAAGAGUAUUUGGGGCAGUGACGACGUCGAGAGCAAGACACAGGCGUUUUAUAAGUCCAAGCAGUUUGAAACAGAGUUGUCGGCGGUAGAAGGCGCUGUUGAGGUGCUCAAGGAUCUUCGCAAGUUCUUUUUGUUGUUGGCUAUUACAGACCGUCCACGAUUUGUGGAGAAGCAAACACGUGAGUGGCUGGAUCAUCACUUUGUCGGUGUCUUUGACAGGCUUGUUUUUGUGGACGAGGACAACUCAGCACAAAUUGUGACACGAAAAAAAGAGCUAUACGAUGAGCUCAAAGUAAAAGUUGCUGUAGGAUCUGAUGCCGUCAUGUUGGCGGAAACGGCCAAGGACGUUGAACAUGUGGUGAUCGUCGGCUCCGUACCGUGGACAAAGGCUGUAGCGGAGCCACAAAGUGGUGUGGUUCAAGUUCCCGGGUGGCCAGCAGCUAAGGAAGUAUUUGACCAAUUGAUCGAGGAGCUGGAUCUCCAGCCUCUAGACAAGGUGUUUGCCGGACCCCGUCUUGCUCGAUACACAGACGACUUAGUCACAGUUUCGACACGAAAACCGGCAGUAUUCUAUGCCAACAUUAUCAACUCAAAGUUUGCGGUACAGAAGCAGGAGAUUGUUCGACUGCAGGCAUCUGAGGCGGCUAUCACGACGGCUGUGCAGGUGGCGGAAAUUUUGCGCAUGCAAAACAGCUCAAAAACUACCAAAAUCACGACGCGAUAUGCAUUGAAUCGCCCCAAAGAGCGUGGUGGUUACCGUGUCCCUAAGAUGGAGUUGGUACUACAGCGCGUUUUGCACAAAGCUUGA